CUUUAUCUCCCAGAGCCAUUCCCCGCCACUCCCAACUGCCGCAACGGAUAAUAAGCUUAAGCAAGCGCAAGAACACACACACUGAUAAUCGCUGACACGGAAGAAGAAUACGAAAACAAGAGGGGAAUACAAAAGACUUACAAAGAUGCAGGCUUUCCUCUCUUCUUCGUCGAUCCUCGCGAACCCAUGCCCCAGAUCCUUGUUCCCGCGUCCAUCCACACAAUCCCAGCUUCUCCUCUCUUCCGUUUCUGGCGCGAGGACGAAUGCUGCUGCUGCUGCCAGCGCGAGAAGAUCCAGCGGCCGGUGCGUGGCGACGCCGGCGUCGUCAUCCCCAGCGGUGGCCGCGGUCGCCACAGAUGUGCCGGCGAAGAUGAAGGCGUGGGCGUACGAUGAAUACGGAGACACCGGCGUGCUGAAGCUCGACGAGGCCGUGUCGGUGCCAGCGGUGGGCGACGACCAGGUGCUGGUCCGGGUGGCGGCGGCGGCGCUCAACCCCGUCGAUUCCAAGCGCCGGAUGGGCAAGUUCAAGGCCACCGACUCCCCUCUCCCGACCGUGCCGGGAUAUGACAUGGCCGGCGUCGUCGUCAAGGUCGGCAGCCAGGUGAAGAGCCUCAAGGAAGGCGACGAGGUGUACGGCCACAUCAGCGAGAAGGUCCUGGAGGGCCCCAAGCAGUUCGGCUCGCUGGCGGAGUACACCGCCGUGGAGGAGAAGCUGGUGGCGCUCAAGCCCAAGAACAUCGACUUUGCGCAGGCCGCCGGUCUGCCGCUCGCCAUCGAGACCGCCCACGAGGGCCUGGAGAGGGCAGGCUUCUCUGCCGGCAAGUCCAUCCUCGUCCUCGGUGGCGCCGGCGGUGUAGGGUCCCUUAUCAUCCAGUUGGCGAAACAAGUCUUUGGUGCAUCCAAGGUGGCUGCGACAGCCAGCUCGCCGAAGCUUGAGCUUCUGAAGAGCCUCGGAGCCGAUGUGGCCAUUGACUACACUAAGGAGAACUUUGAAGACAUGCCAGAGAAGUACGAUGUCGUGUUCGACGCAGUCGGUCAGGGUGAUAAGGCCGUCAAGGUGGUGAAGGAAGGUGGCAGUGUAGUUGUCCUCACCGGCGCUGUCACUCCUCCAGGAUUCCGGUUUGUGGUCACCUCUGAUGGAUCUGUCUUGGCGAAGCUCAACCCUUACCUCGAGUCCGGGAAGGUGAAGCCGGUCGUCGACCCCAAGGGGCCAUUCUCUUUCCCCCAGGUUGUGGAAGCAUUCUCCUAUCUUGAGACUGGGAGAGCCACUGGCAAAGUAGUUAUUUCACCGAUUCCAUGAGACCGGCGAAUGGCAGAAAUUGCUAUCAGACCAUGCGGGAGUCACAGCUUCUAGACUGUAUCAAAUAGACUAAAGUGAAGUUUAUUUCAGGUACAGUUCAUAGAAUUACAAAUGGUAUAAACUGUGCUGAACCACUGAUUGGUGUGCAGUUUGAUUUGAAAGGACAUACAGUAAAGAAAGAUCUCUCUGUAUCCACGAGUUUUAUGUAACUACAGAAUUGCCGGUUCUCCAUUGCCA